CCUCUUCAAAAAAAAUUACAAAAACAGCGUUGGGUUUGUACUUGCAAGUGGAUAUAACCACUUAAGUUCAGCUAAGAAAGAAGUAAGAAUUAAGAUUUAUUGAUAUAUACAGAAAUAUAGUAACACAUCUCCCAACCCUCUUAAUGUUGUUGGUGAGAUAUUCUUGGUCAACAUUUGAUCAAACAAUCAAGAGAAUAUGUUUUCUUGUAAUAUGUUACUACAGUUAUUGCAAAGAGCCAAUCGGGUACGAGUAUAUUUUACAGACUUCUUAGAUAUGUAUAUUAUUUUUUAUAUGUGCGCCAAAUCAAUUUAAAAUAUAAACAAAAAAUUUAGUGUUGUGUCAAGUUUGGUUCUUGCAUAAUAUUUACACUCACACGAAUGUAUCUGCAAGAAUAUGUUUAGAUGAGUAUAUUUUAUUAUAAAAUUAUAUGUGCAGCGAAGGCCUUUAUGCCCAAAUUUACGGAAGAAUAAAAAUGCUCGAUUUACAAACGAGAAUUAUUCAACAAUUUCAAAACAAAACCAACGGCGACUUCAAACCAUACAUAGUAACGCAAGAAAAAACGCAUCACAAGCACGUCUGCUUAGAGAAAAAUAAAAUUGAAGAAUGAAAGUCAGACGCAAGAACUAUGUAAACGUGGUGAAAAAAAGUUACUUUUGCUCCGUUGUGGGUUUUAUGCUUUCGAGAUGCAUAUCAAUUCAGAUAUUUAAGACAAUACUUGAUAGUGAUUUGGUUCAGUUGGAAAUAUGAAAUUGUACUGAGCUAAAAUCAAUUGUUUUUUGUUUUUUUUUGCUUUUGAUUUUCUUGCUGCGAUACAAGAGAAAGCUAAUAUGACGGCCGAGCGUGGUGAAUGCGCGUGGCGGUUCAGCAUUGUUUUGAUGGUUUUGCUACUGCGGCAUUCCAGCGCCUUGAAUGUCAGCACCAUUGAACUUAACGCACCAGCCAAAAGUAGUGACGAUAAAUAUGAUUUCGUUGAUGUGGCACAACAGCAUGGUGAGGGCAGCCAAAGUGAAACGGGACAGACAUCACGCUUCUUCACUUCCGGUGAUGUGGAUGAAGCGUUUUGGUUAGAACAUUUAGGUGAAGAUUUCAAGAAUGCCAUACACCUACAGGUGGGCGGUGAAGAACGUUAUAAUGGCGUCUACAAUAUGAGCGAAAAUGGUUCCGCUUACAAAGUACAAGAUGAGUUCAUAAACAAACCAGUGUUACGAAAUGAGUUUAAAACACCUACAACUAAUGAAAAGACAACCGAGGAAAAGAAUAAAAAGAAAGCAAAGGCUGAUUGCACCAAGAAAUCACGAAAAAUACGUCGAAAGCAAAAGGCUGAACCGAAAGCAGGAAACGAUGCAACCACUAUCGAAUCGAUAACGCACGAUAAAAAUACGAAACAAGAACAAACCGAAUCGGAUAUUACAUCGAAGCAAUCAUAUAGUGGUACUGGUCAAUGCUACAAUAAUGUGGUAGACAAAAACGAUUACAAAGAAGAUCUGAAGAAAUAUAAAAAAUUCCAGCACAUUAACUUAAAAUACGCACCAGAAUAUACUCAAACAGCGGCCAAAAAGAGUCAAUAUCCAAAUGACACAUCAAUUAUGAAUCAAGCGCUUGAAGAAACACCUGUGGUGGUUAAUUUGCCAGAGUCGAGUAAAAUUAUCGAAUUGGAAACGAAUGAUGCACCAGUGCUGGUCAAAAUGCCACCGGUGAUAUAUCAUCGCAAACCGAUAAAUGUUACAGAUCCAGAAAACUAUACAGAAAAUACACAAACACAAUCCACACAACUCCAGAAAGAGCAGACACUGGUCGGAGAGCAGACACAAAGCGUAAAUACACAAUACACUCAACAUCCAUACUCUGCAAUGACAUAUGAACAACAACAACACUACCAACAAUUGGAACAGUACUCACCAAACACAAAUUUCGCACAAACACAACAACACACACAAUACCCAUUGCAAAUGCAAGGCUCACAAUAUCCCACACAAUACCAACAAACAACACUAUAUGACCAACAACAACACCCACAACAACAAUACUCAUCACCAACAUCAUACCCAACUCCGAAUUAUUAUAAUCAGGGUGUAUAUCCACCCGAUAUGGGAUCUAUGCCCAUGCAACAACCCAAUGGGCACCUUAAGGCCAACAACAUAAUAAAAUCCCGUUAUACGUAUAAUAAACGCUCGGUUUCUCCUUAUGGUGAAUACAGUAUGCAACAGACACAACCGGCUACUACUUAUCAGGAGUAUAACCGCAGUAGCCGUUCGAAUGGAGUGCUCUACCAAGAGGGCUUGUAGUGGCGUUAGCAUUAAAGUACUAAGUUAUUUAUCUAAUUAAGUUUUUAAGUAUGUAAGACUGAGAUAAUAAGCAAAUAAAUGAAAAUAAUAAA